CAGAGAUUGGGCACAGUUACGUUUAGGGCGGCCAAGUGCGCUGCCUCUCACUCGCGUGCCUUGCGCCGCCGCUGGCGAACCGUCAGCUGACGACGAGGGUCGGCGAGCCGGGAUGCCGCGACUCGUCUCUGAUACGGCCUUGGGCGACGCUAAUGGAAUGCUGCGCACGGUUUGGUGAGAGACGGGCCACGCGCGGCUUCCCACAGUGCUGCUGGCCGCGCCGCCAUGCUGACUGUUGUGCUGAUUGUGUGCCUGGUGCUGGCUGUGCUGUGGUCACAGCGAGUGCGACGACCGCCAAACUUUCCACCAGGGCCACCGACAUUCCUGAUCUUUGGCAACCUGUACCAAACAUGGAGAACUGUAAAAGGGGACUUCAACUCCUUGAUCAAAGAAGAUCGGCAAAAAUAUGGAGACAUUUUUGGGUACGUUAUGCCAAAUAUGAAGAUUGUUCACCUCUUUAAUUAUGAACUGAUCAAAGAAUCCUGUGGCAUGCAGGAGUUUGCAGGAAGAGCUAAUAGCUUUUUAAUUCUUUACCGAAGCUUCCAGAAGAAGCUUGGAGUGAUAUUCAACGAUGGUGCUGCGUGGCAGGAGCACCGACGCUUUACUCUGCGGCAUUUGCGUGAUUUGGGUUUCGGAACUAAUUCCAUGGAGACGAUCGUUCUGGAGGAAUUCGAGCAGUUGGCCAAAGAAAUGGAGCGUGACAUGCACUCGCCGAUGAAGGUAAACCAAAGAUUCAAUGUGACGGUUCUGAACGUGCUCUGGAGACUGGUCGCCAAUAAACGCCUGGACCACGGCGACCCUGAGGCUCAGAAGCGGGUCACCGAAGUGAACGAUUUCGUUACUGUCGUUGGUCCUAGCAAUCCACUGAUCGUGGCUCCAUCUCUGCGUUUCAUCGCCCCGGAAUGGUCCGGCUUCAGCGCGCUGAAACGACACAGGGACUCUUCACUGGCCAUGUUUCAAGGGCUGAUGCAGGAGCAUCGCCAGACGCUGGACCGCGCCGCGCCUCGCGACUUCAUCGACCGCUUCCUCAUCGAAAUGGAGUCACCGGACGCGGCGGCGCGCAGCUUCACCGACGAGAGUCUCUCCAUCAUCUGCAUGGACCUGUUUCUGGCGGGCAUGGAGACCACCUCCACCUCUCUGACCUGGGCGCUGCUGCUGCUGGUGAUGCACCCGGACGUGCAGACGCGCGUGCAGCAGGAGAUUGACGCCGUGCUGGGCGUGGGCGCCGAUCGCCGUCUGCCCUCCUACAGCGACCGCGCCAACAUGCCGUACACGGAGGCCACUCUGCAGGAGGUGUCGCGACGCGCCACCGUGCUGCCGCGCGCCGUCGGCCACGCGGCGCUAGUGGACGCUCCGCUCGGCGGCUACACCGUGGCCAAGGGCUCCCUGGUGUUGAUGCACCUGGAUGCGGUCCACAUGGACCCCUCCUACUGGGGAGAUCCGGAUAACUUCCGGCCGGAGCGCUUCAUCAACGCCGACGGCACCUUCCGACGUGACGAGCGGGUCAUCCCCUUCGGCGUCGGCAAGCGGUUCUGCCUGGGGGAGACGCUGGCGCGCAUGGAGAUGUUCAUGCUGUUCACGUGCCUGCUGCAGCGGUUCCGGUUCUCGGCUGCUCCCGGGCAGAAGCUGAGCCUGGAGAGCCGCGUGGCAGCCGUUCAGCAACCGAUGGAGUUCUUGGUGAACAUCGAGGUUCGGGGCUGAACGUGUCACCUAGACCCUGACUGUUCGAUGAGAUGGUACUGGUGAGAAAGUGCGACAGUUACUACCUUGUACUUCGGUGUAACAAUGUAUUCGCUCCAUGUACAUGUAUUUUUAUGUGAUUUAUAUCAUUUGGCACAGUUCCUACUCUGUCGAUGACUAACGUCCAAUUUUUGCUGAUUGACUUGUGGUACUGCAAAGGUGCUUGCGAAGGCGGCAUUCAAUUUCAAUUUUAUAAACUUCGUUAUCUAGUCUAGAUAUAGGCAUUGACUGACAUAUUUGUAUUUUCUCAUUUCGUCCAGCUUCGAUGCAGAGCUGACAUAAUAAUAAAUAUAAUCGAUGCAUCCCGUAACCCGUUGCCCCGUGCUCGUAUCGCAUCGCGUUAACUUUUUAAUAAAAACUCAAUAUGUAUAAACA